GUACCCCCUCCCCGUUCCUUCCGUUAUCUAAAUCAACAGGUACACCUUCCCUCGAGGAAGUGUUCAGCUUCUGUGUACGCGAACAGAUAAGCCCCUUGCCAGGAAGCAAAGAAGGGAGGAAGGAAAAAGCGACCGCGACGGGUAGCGGCGGCACGUUUCUGCAGGGUAAAGUGGUACCGACGAAGAAGAGGAGAGGGUAGCUACAGAAGGAGCCCGGAACGGGCCACCAGGUGCACCUAUAGAAUGGACAUAAAACGAAGUGGGAACCAUAUGUUGAUGCGAUGAAGGACGCAUGGCACGCGCCACACUCAAACUCGAGCCGCUACACCGCGAGGAUCGGUGACUUCUUUGCCAUUGUUAUUCUUUACGAACCUAAUGACACGGUCCUGGGACUGUGCAGUGCGUUCCGCGGAGACGUGAUCAUACGAAUCUGCAUACGAGUCUUCCUUCAUGGUUGCGCUAGGACACCGCGAAAUUAUGAAGAGAAGCGGGCGUCUUCGGUGACGAAUGUUGUGUUACUGUAAACGUCGAUUUUAUACUUGGUGUUGCAUGCGUUCAGAUGGUCUGUGAUCGAUAGUGGAAGCCUCGAUGGACCCGGUUCUCGUAUUCUGUUGAUUGGUGUUUUUCUUUAUAAGUGAUAAAACGGUUAAAAGGUUUGAAUAAAUUGAACAAUUCGCGGAUGAGCGCGUCGCGCUAUUUUUUUUUUUUUUGUGUUGGAUGGUCACCAUGUGAAUUAUGUUGGACGUUGCGUGAAGAUUUGGACGAAGAGAAGGAGCGGAAGUAACUUCGUAUCAUUAAAUUUGAAUUAUAUCUCAGGAACUGAUAUUUGAUGAACCAUAAUCUUAAAAAAAAUCAUCGAAGUGAACAGAGGAGCAGAAGUGAAAAUUGAUACCUUUAUCUUAUUUUUGGAAAAAACAACGAGCAAGAAGUCCCGUACGUUACAAUAAUUUUAUGCCAUAAGACUUGAACCACUCCUGAGGAUUUGAUAUUUGACGAAGCGUAGUCUUCGAAGAAAAUCGAAGUGAACAGAGGAGCAGAAGUGAAAAUUGAUACCUUUAUCUUAUUUUUGGAAGAAUCAAGCAAGAAGUUGUCCUAUAAGUUACAAUAAUUUUAUACCACAAGAUUUGAUAAUAUAUUGGAUGAAGCAUAAUCCUCGAAGAAAAUCGAAGUGAACGAUGGCUCUUCUCUCCAAUCACCACGAUUAUCCAGUUUCUUCUGAAAUGAUCGCGACGACGUAUCCGAGCACAGCGAGGACCUACGAAUCCUUGUACCCUUCGCCGUACAACUCCCCGAAUUAUGACUCCAUGAAAAUCCCGUUCAGGGAAAGUUAUGCGCACAAAGGUGAGCACACUCCUCGAAAAGACGCAGAGCCGAUCAAUUACGGGAACGACGUAGUUACUAAAUAUUCGAGAACCCCCGAUUCGUACGACAGAAGCUCCUUUGGUGUUUUGACACCUGUGACGCCGCAAAGAUACGAAGCACAACACGUGAUAAGUCACACAACUUCUCCCAGAUCAAUGUUGCACGAGGACAGUUCCGUGGAGUAUCUUGCUCCAGCUUAUUGUUACGAGACUCCGCCUCAGGAACAAAAAUUUCAUAUCCUCGAGAGCAACGAACAGAUGCAGAUGAUCGAGCCGCGAAAAAGUUGCUGGGAACCCGUUACGUCCGUUCAGAAACAAGUAUCGCCCACGAGCAGCCCUCGAAGAGGAAGGCGACGAUCAAGGGACAUACCACCGUCACCGAGCGUCCUGAAGCGUCGGCGUCUCGCCGCGAACGCUCGCGAGAGGCGUCGUAUGAACGGCCUGAACGACGCUUUCGACAAAUUGCGAGAAGUCGUGCCAAGCCUCGGGGCUGAUCACAAGCUCAGUAAAUUCGAGACGCUGCAAAUGGCGCAGACCUACAUCGCGGCGUUGUGCGAUCUUCUACAAAAACACGAUGGAAAAUGGCAAUGACGAAGCGGGAAGCAGGAAGCGGCAAUGGUAGGCUAAAGAAUUCAUUCAGCUAAGUAGUGGAUAUAAGAUUAAAACAGUACAGCUUACGCGACACGGUCAUGAAACUAAAUUGCAACUAAAUUGCGUUAUAAUUAUAAUUCGUGAAGAAGGCAUCACAAAAUGAUGCUACGAAGAAACUAUUUUACUAAAUUUGUAUUCAACUACUAAGACAAAGUGAUUAUUAACUACUUAUUAUUAAUUCCCCUGAUCUUUCUUGAUCCCGAAGGAAGAUAACAAUCUUGGCCAAAACAUUAUAACGAAGAAAUAAUUUGACUACAUUAGUACUCAAUUAUUAAAAAAAAGUAAUUAUUAAUUCCUGAUUUUUCUUGAUCCCGAAGAAAGAUAACAACCUUGACCAAAACGUUAUAACGAAGAAAUAAUUUUUCUAAGAUAAAACUGCAAUAUGUUAUAGAAUCUUUGCGAUAACUACAUUUACAGAUAAAAGAUAUGGUAUUAAGUCCUUUAUAUACUCGGUGACUAGCGACUGAAAUUUCUGAGUGUAUUCGUGCAUUUUUUAAUUAUUGCAAUAGCAAACUAGAAACUAAAGAUGAAAAGUAUGUGAAUAUGUCAGCAGUCACUAGCCACUGAGCGUUUCAACUGAAAAAUGUCUUAUUUUUUAAGAAAUUUAGUCUUUAUAUAUUAUUAGGAAUAAAAUUUGUGCAUAGUCACAGCGUAUAUUAAAUAAUAAUAUACAAUAUACAUACUGUUUUACACACGUCAAUAAAAUAUUGCUAGUAACACAGUAAUAACAUACAGAGUCACAGAAACCUAGACAUGAUUAGGCGAUAUUUAGCUAUAAUUGAUAUCAUAAUUAUAUAUUAUUGGAUUGAUAGCUUGAUUGUAAAAAUAUAUUUCAUAUGAUUAUAGUCUUGACAAGUUUUAUAAAACGUUUCAUAAAUUUAAUUCUCGCACAACUUAAUUUUCGUAAAUUAUAAGUUAUUGAAAGUUAAGACUUUGAAAAUUAAUUUAUUGGAAGAAUUUUGUCACAUAUUUGUAAAAAUAUAGCAAUUGGUGAACUAUAUGAAGUUCUCCAUUUUAUAGAGACGUUAAAUUAAAAUGCAAUUCCCGUAUGCAUCACGCAAAAUCUGUUUUUCAUUUACGGUACUCUUACUGCUAUUAUACUAUUUAUACAAGUGUUAUUUUAAGAAAUUUGUGAUAAGUGUAAUAUAAUUUAGACGCACGAAAUAGACACUCAUGCACUACAAUUUAUAGUCCUACGUCUGCUAAGCGAGCAGUUUCGUUUAUUAUUUAACUUUUUAUAUUCAUAAUUUCUAUUAUUUAAAUCUGUAAUUAAGGAAACACGGCUAAUCAUCCAAAGAUUAAUGAAAUAUUUAAUAAUAUUCGACGCAAGCGAAUGCGUCAGAUUAUUGUUAAAUAAGCGCGAAUUAUUAUACUUUAUUUAUUCCUAUCGGUAAUGCGUGUUACUGUUAAUUUCUAUAGCUCAUAGGAAGAUUUAUUUAAUGUACAUUCAAUUAGUUUUUUUUUUUUUAUGGAAAUAAAUUAUAUGGCGCGCAACGAGUGAUAGAAGCAGUGUGAAGCGUUUAGUGCCAUUUGAUUUUUGGGGAUGCGUUAUUUUUGUAAUCAGUAUGAACUUUAACGUUUAACGUGUCUUGCUAAAAGUUAUUUAGACGCUGUGGAUAACUUCGAUUUAUUUUUAAUAUUAUUCGUAUCGUAGCUAGUCACGAAUACUUUUAAGAACGCCCACGAGGCUCGAAACAGCAUUCUUAUGUGCCGUCCGUAGGUAGGAUACGCCAUGAUGCCAAAGAACGGUUUUACAAAACUGUUAUUACGAUUCGAAAAUGUUAGGUAGACUUUAGUGACUGGAAAUGAAAUAUGUUUAAAAUUUGCGUCGAUGUUAUGCAAUUGUCUUGUUAGUGAAAAACUGCGAAGAUUUCGAAUGAUUUAUGUCGAUGUAAUUUUGUAAAAUAUUGUAAAUAAAGUAUUGUCUACAU